UUGAGACCUUGUUUAUGCAAGCAAUAACCGUUAAGUUAUUAUUAUACACAUUCGGCAAUUUUGUAACCAAAAAAAUUAAAAUCGUAUAGUUUAUCGGUGUUGAUAUAAGAUAACGGUUAUUGCACGCACAAACAAGGCUGUACUGUGUUGUAAAAAAGAUGCAUCUUGCAAUUUGUGCUCGGCAAGUUGGAUAUAUAAUUAUAUUACAUGUAGAAAUUGGUGUGCAUCAGUUUUACACUCAAACAAAAGACGAGGCUACACUAUAUUGUACGAAGGAAGGUCUACGUGCAUUUCUGCAAUUCUGUGCCCAGCAAUUUGAAUAUAUAUUCGAUUGGAUAUAUAAAUUGGUAUGCAUCAGUUUUACAGUCGAACAAAAGACAAGUCUACACUAUAUUGUACAAAGGAAGGUCUACGUGUAUUUCUGCAAUUCUAUGCUCAGCAAUUUGGAUAUAUAUUCCAUUGGAUUUAUAAAGUAAAAUUAAAUAAUGUUUAGACAUUAACAAUGACUGUUUGAAGCAAAACACUGAUGAUGAUGUGUAUGUAAAAGUGUGUUACUUUAUU